AUGGGUCUGUGUUAUUCAGUAGAUAGAACCACUGGUAAGGAACCAGGUGAAACAAGCACCACCGCCACUACGACGGAGACGGCGGAGGAUAGGUUAGGUUCCGGACGGUGGCGACGGCCGAGAGAUUUAAAAGGCGACGGUGAAAAAGAAGGGAUUCAACAGAUUGUUGGUCAGUUGGUUUCAAAUGGUUCAAGUAAGACUGCAUGUCUUUACACACAACAAGGCAAGAAAGGAACUAAUCAAGACGCCAUGCUUGUCUUUGAGAAUUUUUGUUCCAGAGAUGAUACAGUGUUUUGUGGUGUAUUCGAUGGACAUGGACCGUUUGGUCAUAUGGUUGCGAAGAAAGUCCGAGAUACAUUGCCUUUCACACUCUCAACACAAUUGAAAAUGAGCUCAGAAUCGGAACAAAGCGGGUUAGUGAAUGAGAAUGGUCUUCAAAUCAAAUGUACAGAGGAAGAAGACGCGCAGAGAAGUGAGUCUGUUGCUACUAUGGAUGAGCAAUGGUGUGAGUUAAAUCCAAAUGAGAACAGCGAUGAACUUCCGGAGAUGUAUCUGCCUCUCAAACACGCAUUGCUUAAGUCUUGUCAGCAGAUCGAUAAAGAGCUUAAAAUGCAUCCAACUAUUGAUUGUUUCUGCAGCGGAACAACUUCUGUCACUUUGAUCAAACAGGGUGAGGAUCUGGUGGUUGGAAAUAUUGGUGACUCGAGAGCCGUUCUUGCCACAAGAGACGAAGACAAUGCUUUGGCCGCGGUACAAUUGACCAUAGACUUAAAACCCGAUUUGCCAAGUGAAUCAGCGAGGAUCCAAAAAUGUAAAGGUAGAGUCUUUGCAUUGCAAGACGAGCCUGAAGUAGCUCGUGUAUGGUUACCAAACAGCGAUUCACCUGGUUUAGCUAUGGCUCGAGCUUUUGGGGACUUUUGUCUCAAAGAUUACGGUUUAAUAUCAGUUCCAGAUAUCAACUACCGUCGCCUAACAGAUCGAGAUCAGUUCAUUAUUCUCGCUAGCGACGGGGUAUGGGAUGUGUUAUCAAACAAAGAAGCUGUUGACAUCAUUGCUUCAGCUCCUAGUCAAAGCACAGCGGCUCGAGCUCUAGUGGACACAGCUGUUCGAGCAUGGAGAAUCAAAUAUCCAACUUCCAAAAACGACGAUUGUACUGUAGUCUGCCUCUUUCUACAAGGUUCAUCAGUAUCCAUGGAAGUUUCAAGCAAUGUAAUAAAAGAUUCACACAAAGAAGACUCCAUAGAGAGUGUCAGUAUCAGUAACAAGGAAGAAGAGGGUGAGAUUGUCGUGGUUAAAGACGAUAAUACGCCUAAGAGUUGCGGGAUUGAGUCGAAGAUUAUGACAAUGACACUCGCGGAAUGUAUUUCAGUUGCACAAGAUGAUGAAGAAUGGUCUGCUUUGGAAGGAUUGACAAGAGUUAAUAGUCUCUUGAGCAUUCCAAGGUUCUUCUCUGGUGAGCUUAGAUCAAGUAGUUGGAGAAAAUGGUUGUGA